UUUUACCGCCGUUGUUGCUUCAUUUGCAGUACGCAACUAAGUGAAGCAAGCAGCGCGUUUACGCGAAUCGUGUAACUAUCAUUCCAUAAAGGGUUUAAGAUCGCAUAAAUAGUAAUCAUGUUCGAGGCACGCUUAGGUCAAGCCACCAUUCUCAAGAAAAUACUUGAUGCUAUUAAAGAUUUGCUCAAUGAAGGCACAUUCGAUUGCAGUGAUUCGGGAAUACAGCUUCAAGCCAUGGACAACUCCCACGUUUCUUUGGUCUCAUUGACGCUGCGGUCAGAUGGCUUUGAUAAAUUUCGCUGCGAUCGUAAUCUAUCUAUGGGUAUGAAUUUGGGAAGCAUGGCCAAGAUACUGAAAUGCGCCAACAACGAAGAUAAUGUAACAAUAAAAGCACAGGACAACGCCGAUACUGUAACAAUAAUGUUUGAGUCAGCAAACCAAGAGAAAGUCUCUGACUAUGGAAUGAAGCUGAUGAAUCUCGAUCAGGAGCACCUGGGUAUCCCGGAAACGGACUACUCAUGUGUCGUCCGCAUGCCAGCCAUGGAAUUCGCUCGCAUCUGUCGUGAUUUGGCCCAGUUCAGCGAGUCUGUUGUAAUUUGUUGCACUAAAGAGGGUGUUAAGUUCUCGGCUUCUGGCGACGUGGGUACCGCAAAUAUUAAACUUGCGCAGACCGGCAACGUUGACAAAGAAGAAGAGGCGGUCAUCAUUGAAAUGCAAGAGCCAGUUACAUUGACGUUUGCCUGCCGCUACCUAAAUGCCUUUACCAAGGCCACCCCAUUAUCCACACAAGUUCAGCUGUCGAUGUGUGCGGAUGUGCCUCUGGUGGUCGAAUACCGCAUCAACGAGCUGGGCCACAUACGUUAUUACCUGGCCCCUAAAAUCGAAGAUAACGAAACAUAGAAGUCUGCAUUUAUCUUUAUCCAUUGCCUUUAAUCAUAAACAUACAUAUAAAGCUGCAUACUCACAUAUUUAUGUCGUACUACUAACUUCCUCAAAAACUUGCAAACAUGUAACUAUUUCUGGGGUUUUGCGAUAGCAUUUCCAUGGUUAAUAAAACAAAUCACAAUGCAAA